AUGAAGCACUUCGAUCCUAUCAUCACCAACAUCACCAGAGCAGCACAGUUCCCGAGAACAGAGCUUGAGCAUAAAGACAUUUUCGUGUGCCUCAUCAACCAGUCUCCUCCGACAACUCCUCAUCAAGCGAAGUAUUCUUUGUUCAAGCUAAUCACUUCACCAACAACAAUGCUCGUCCUCUCUACCGCCGCCGCCUCGCUGGCCCUGUUCUCGGCCGCCAGUGCAAUCCCCCUCAAGGCUGAAAAGCGACAGGCCAUCGAUGGCACGUUCGGCCUCAGCGUUGGCGAAGAGGGCCUCUUCGACAUCAGCGAGGUGCAGACCUUCAAGUUCUCCUACGCCAACAACUCGGCCUACUUCGGCGAGAUCAAGUACCAGGAGUACUCGGAGCCGUUGGUGCUGUCCGGGGCUAAGGUCGCCGGCGACACCACCGGUGGCCUGAGCUUCCUGUCCAUUCACUCGGCCCCGACGGGCUGGCAGGACGCCUACAUCGAGCCAACCAAGACGGCGCCCCUGCAGUUUACCGUCCCCCACUCCGGCGGCAACAUGCCCGCCGGCGCUGUCUCUACGGGCUUCUCCUUCAGCGGCGGCGGGCCACUCCUCUGGAACGGCGAGAACAAGUUCUGGGCUUGCCAGAACCCGCAACUCCAAGCCCUCAAUACCUACCAGAUCUGGUGGAACGGGGCUGGCACAUUCCCCUUGGGCGUUGACUGCAAGGGUCCUAUCGGCGCCGACAUGAUAGAUGGGUGCGCACGAGGCAACUAG